CUUUGUAUAAGAAACUAGAAUUGCAACCCCUGCUAUUUUCUGUUUUCCAUUUGUUUGGUAAAUUUUACUCCACCCCUUUAUUUGAGCCUACGUGUGUCUUUGCAUGUGAGAUGGGUCUCUUGAAGACAUCAUAUUGAUGGGUCUUCAUUCGUUUUUGUUUGUGUGUGUGAUCUCUUUUUUAAUUUUUUAUUAUUAUUCUAAAAAUAUCUUUUUCUUUUCUUUUUUUUCUUUUUUUUUUUUUUACUUUAAAUUCUGGGGUACGUGUGCAGGACGUGCAGUUUUGUUACAUAGAUAUACAUGUGCCAUGGUGGUUUGCUGCACCCAUCAACCUGUCACCUACAUUAGGUAUUUCUCCUAAUGUUAUCCCUCCUCUAGCACCCCCAUCUGCUGACAGGCCCUGGUGUGUGAUGUUCCCCUCCCUAUGUCCAUGUGUUCUCAUUGUUCAACUCCCACUUAUGAGUGAGAACAUGUGGUGUUUGGUUUUUCUGUUCUUGUGAUAGUUUGCUGAGAAUGAUGGUUUCCAACUUCAUCAAUGUCCCUGCAAAGGACAUGAACUCAUCACUUUUUAUGGCUGCAUAGUAUUCCAUGGUGUAUAUGUGCCACAUUUUCUUUAUCCAGUCUAUACUGAUGGACAUUUGGGUUGGUUCCAAGUCUUUGCUAUUGUGAACAGUGCUGCAAUAAAAAUGUGUGCAUGUGUCUUUAUAGUAAAAUGAUUUAUAAUCCUUUGGGUAUAUACCCCGUAAUGGGAUCACUGGGUCAAAUGGUAUUUCUAGUUCUAGAUCCUUGAGGAAUUGCCACACUGUCUUCCACAAUGGUUGAACUAAUUUAUACUCCCACCAACAGUGUAAAAGCGUUCCUAUUUCUCCACUCUGAUGAUAGUUUCUUUUGCUGUGCAGAAGUUCUUUAGUUUAAUUAGAUCCCAUUUGUCUGUUUUGGCUUUUGUUGCCAUUGCUUUUGGUGUUUUAGACAUGAAGUCUUUGCCCAUGCCUAUGUCCUGAAUGGUAUUGCCCAGGUUUUCUUUUAGGAUUUUUAUUGUCCUAGGUCUUACGUUUAAGUCUUUGAUCCAUCUUGAGUUGAUUUUUGUAUAAGGUACAAGGAAGGGGUCCAGUUUCAGUUUUCUGCAUAUGGCUAGCCAGUUUUCCCAACAACAUUUAUUAAAUAGGGAAUUCUUUUCCCCAUUCCUUGUUUGUGUCAGAUUUGUCAAAGAUCAGUUGGUUGUAGAUGUGUGAUGCUAUUUCUGAGGCCUCUGUUCUGUUCCAUUGGUCUAUGUAUCUGUUUUGGUACCAGUACCAUGCUGUUUCGGUUACUGUAGCCUUGUAGUAUAGUGUGAAGUCAAGUAGUGUGAUACCUCCAGCUUUGUUCUUCUUGCCCAAGAUUGUCUUGGCUAUGCGGACCCUUUUUUGGUUCCACAUGAACUUUAAAGUAGUUUUUUCCAAUUCUGUGAAGAAAGUCAGUGGUAGCUUGAUGGGUAUAGCAUUGAAUCUAUACAUUACUUUGGGCAGUAUGGCCAUUUUCACGAUAUUGAUUCUUCCUAUCCAUGAGCAUAGAAUGUUUUUCCAUUUGUUUGGGUCCUCACUUACUUCCUUGAGCAGUGGUUUGUAAUUCUCCUUGAAGAGGUUCUUCACAUCCCUUGUAAGUUAUGUUCCUUGGCAUUUUAUUCUCUUAGCAGCAAUUGUGAAUAGGAGUUCACUCAUGAUUUGGCUCUCUGUUUGUCUGUUAUUGGUGUAUAGGAAUGCUUGUGAUUUUUGCACAUUGAUAUUGUAUUCUGAGACUUUGCUGAAGUUGGUUAUCAGCUUAAGGAGAUUUUGCUUUGCAACUAUGGGGUUUUCUAAAUAUACAAUCCUGUCAUCUGCAAAUAGAGACAAUUUGACUUCCUCUCUUCCUAUUUGAAUACCCUUUAUUUCUUUCUCUUGCCUGAUGGCCCUGGCCAGAACUUCCAACACUAUGUUGAAUAGGAGUGGUGAGAGAGGGCAUCCUUGUCUUUUGCUGGUUUUCAAAGGGAAUGCUUCCAGUUUUUGCCCAUUCAGUAUGAUAUUGGCUGUGGGUUUGUCAUAAAUAGCUCUUAUUAUUUUGAGAUAUGUUCCAUUGAUACCCAAUUUAUUGAGAGUUUUUAGCAUGAAGUGGUGUUGAAUUUUGUUGAAUGCCUUUUCUGCAUCUAUUGGGAUAAUCAUGUGGUUUUUGUGAUUGUUUCUGUUUAUGUGAUGGGUUACAUUUAUUGAUUUGCAUAUGUUGAACCAGCCUUGCAUCCCAGGUAUGAAGCUGACUUGAUCGUGGUGGAUAAGCUUUUUGAUGUGCUGCUGGAUUUGGUUUGGCAGUAUUUUAUUGAGGAUUUUUGCAUCGAUGUUCAUCAGGGAUAUUGCCUGAAAUUUUCUUUUUUUGUUAUGUCUCUGCCAGGUUGUGGUAUCAGGAUGAUGCUGGCCUCAUAAAAUGGGUUAGGGAGGAUUUGCUCUUUUUCUAUUGUUUGGAACAGUUUCAGAAGGAAUGGUACCAGCUCCUCUUUGUACCUCUGGCAGAAUUCAGCUGUGAAUCUGUCUGGGCCUGGACUUUUUUUGGUUUGUAGGCUAUUAAUUACUGCCUCAAUUUCAGAAGUUGUUAUUGGUCUAUUCAGGGAUUUGACUUAUUCCUGGUUUGGACUUGGGAGAGUGUAUGUGUCCACAAAUUUAUUUUCUUCUAGAUUUUCUAGUUUAUUUGCGUAGAGGUGUUUAUAGUAUUCUCUAAUGGUAGUUUGUAUUUCUGUGGGAUCAGUGGUGAUAUUCCCUUUAUCAUUUUUUAUUGCAUCUAUUUGAUUCUUCUCUCUUUUCUUCUUUAUUAGUCUGGCUAGUCAUCUAUCUACUUUGUCGAUCUUUUCAAAAAGCCAGCUCCUGGAUUCACUGAUUUUUUGAAGGGUUUUUCGUGUCUCUAUCUCCUUCGGUUCUGCUCUGAUCUUAGUUAUUUCUUGUCUUCUGCUAGAUUUUGAAUUUGUUUGCUGUUGCUUCUCUAGUUCUCUUCAUUUUGAUUUUAGGGUGUCAAUUUUAGAUCUUUCCUGUUUUCUCUUGUGGACAUUUAGUGCUAUAAGUUUCCCUCUACAUACUGCUUUAAAUGUGUCCCAGAGAUUCUGGUACGUUGUGUCUUCAUUCUCAUUGGUUUCAAAGAACAUCUUUAUUUCUGCCUUCAUUUUGUUAUUUACCUAGUAGUCAUUUAGGAGCAGGUUGUUCAGUUUCCAUGUAGUUGUGUGGUUUUGAGUGAGUUUUUAAAUCCUAAGUUCUAGUUUGAUUGCACUGUGAUCUGAGAGACUGUUUGUUAUGAUUUCUGUUCUCUACAUUUGCUCAGGAGUGUUUUACUUCCAAUUAUGUGGUCAAUUUUAGAAUAAGUGCAACGAGAUGCGGAGAAGAAUGUAUAUUCUGUUGAUUUUGGGUGGAGAGUGCUGUAGAUGUCUAUUAGGUCCGCUUGGUCCAGAGCUGAGUUGAAGUCCUGAAUAUCCGUGUUAACUUUCUGUCACAUUGAUAUGUCAUGUUAAAGUCUCCCACUAUUAUUGUGUGGGAGUCUAAGUCUCUUUGUGGGUCUCUAAGAACUUGCUUUCUGAAUCUGGAUGCUCCUGUAUUGGGUGCAUAUAUAUUUAGGAUAGUUAGCUCCUCUUGCUGCAUUGAUCCUUUUACCAUUAUGUAAUGCCCUUCUUUGUCUCUUUUGAUCUUUGUUGGUUUAAAGUCUGUUUUAUCAGAGACUAGGAUUGCAACCCCUCCUUUUUUUUGCUUUCCAUUUGCUUGGUAAAUAUUCCUCCAUCCCUUUAUUUUGAGCCUAUAUGUGUCUUUGCAUGUGAGAUGGGUCUCCUGAAUACAGCACACUGAUGGGUCUUGGCUCUACCCAAUUUGCCAGUCUGUGUCUUUUAACUGGGACAUUUAGCCCAUUUACAUUUAAGGUUAAUAUUAUUAUGUGUGAAUUUGAUCCUGUCAUGAUGUUAGCUGGUUGUUUUGGCCAUUAGUUGAUGCAGUUUCUUCAAAGUGUCAAUGUUCUUUACAAUUUGGCAUGUUUUUGCGGUGGCUGGUACUGGUUGUUCCUUUCCAUGUUCAGUGCUUCCUUCUCUUGUAAGGCAGGCCUGGUGGUGACAAAAUCUCUCAGCAUUUGCUUGUCUGUAAAGGAUUUUAUUUAUCCUUCCCUAAGAAGCUUAGUUUGGCUGGAUAUGAAAUUGUGGGUUGAAAAUUCUUUUCUUUAAGCAUGUUGAAUAUUGCCCCUACUCUCUUCUGGCUUGUAGAGUUUCUGCAGAGAGCUCUGCUGUUAGUCUAAUGGGCUUCCCUUUGUAUGUAACCCCACCUUUCUCUCUCUGACCUUAACAUUUUUUCCUUUAUUUCAAUCUUGGCGAUCUGAUGAUUAUGUGUCUUAGGGUUGCUCUUCUCGAGGAGUAUCUUUGUGGUGUUCUCUGUAUUUCCUGAAUUUGAAUGUUGGCCUGUCUUGCUAGGUUGGGGAAGUUCUCUUGGAUAAUAUCCUGAUCUUGGUUUGAGAAUUGAACUUGGUUCAAUUCUCCUCGUCACUGUCAGGUACACCAAUCAAACGUGGAUUUGGUCUUUUCACAUAUAUUUCUUGGAGGCUUUGUUCAUUCCUUUUUAUUCUUUUUUCUCUAAUCUUGUUUUCUCUCUUUAUUUCAUUAAGUUUAUCUUCAAUCACUGAUAUCGUUUCUUCCGCUUGAUCAAUUCAGCUAUUGAAACUUGUGUAUGCUUCAUGAAGUUCUCAUGCUGUGUUUUUCAGCUACAUCAGGUCAUUUAUGUUCUUCUCUACACUCGUUAUUCUAGUUAGCAAUUCGUCUAACCUUUUUGUAAGGUUCUUAGCUUCCUUGCAUUGGGUUAGAACAUGCUCCUUUAGCUCAGAGGAGUUUGUUAUUACCCACCUUCUGAAGCCUACUUCUGUCAAUUUGUCAAACUCAUUCUCCAUCCAGUUUUGUUCCCUUCCUGGCAAGGAGUUGUGAUCUUUUAUAGGAGAAGAGACGUUCUGGUUUUUGGAAUUUUCAGCCUUUUUGUGCUGGUUUCUCCCCAUCUUUGUGGAUUUAUCUACCUUUGGUCUUUGAUGUUGGUGACCUUCAUAUGGGGUCUUUGAGUGGAUGUGCUAUUUCUUUCUGUCAGUUUUCCUUCUGACAGGCCCCUCUACUGCAAGACUGCUGGUUUGCUAGAGGUCCACUCCUGACCCUGUUUGCCUGGGUAUCACCAGCGGAGGCUGCAGAACAGCAAAGAUUGCUGCCUGACCUUUCCUCUGGAAGCUUCGUCCCAGAGGGGCACCUGCCAUAUGCCAGCCAGAGCUCUCCUGUAUGAGGUGUCUGUCGGCCCCUACUGGGACAUGUCUCCCAGUCAGGAUACACUUGAAGAGGCAGUCUGACCCUUAGCUGAGCUGGAACGCUGUGCUGGGAGGUCUGUUGCUCUCUUCAGAGCUGUCAGGCAGGGACAUUUAAGUCUGCUGAAGCCGUGCCCACAGCCAUCCCUUUCCCCAGGUGCUCUGUCCCAGGGAGAUGGGGGUUUUAUCUGUAAGUCCCUGACUGGGGCUGCUGCUUUUCAGAGAUGCCCUGCCCAGAGAAGGGAAAUCUGGCAGUCUGGCCACAGCAGCCUUUCUGAGCUGCAGUGGGAUCCACCCAGUUUGAACUUCCCAGUAGCUUUGUUUACACUGGGAGCGUAAAACCACCUACUCAAGCCUCAGCAAUGGUGGAUGCCCCUCCCCCUACCAGGCUUUAGUGUCCCAGGUCUAUCUCAGACUGCUGCUGUGCUGGCAGUGAGAAUUUCAAGCCAGUGGAUCUUAGUUUGCUGGGAUCUGUGGGGGUGGGACCCCCAAGCCAGACCACUUGGCUCCCUGGCUUCAGCACCCCUUUCCAGGGCAGUGAACGGUUCUGUCUCACUGGCGUUCCAGGUGCCAUUGGGGUAUGGAAAAAAAGAACUCCUGCAGCUAGUUUGGUGUCUGCCCAAAUGGCUGUCCAGUUUUGUGCUUGAAACCCAGGGCCCUGGUGGGGUAGGCACUGGAGAGAAUCUCCUGGUUUGCGGGUCACGAACACCGUGGGACAAGCGCAGUAUCUGUGCCAUAGUUCCUCAGGCUCAGUCCCUCACGGCUUCCCUUGGUUGGGGGAGAAAAUUCCCUGACCCCUUGCACUUCCCGGGUGAGGUGACAACCCACCCUGCUUUGGCUUGCCCUCUGUGGGCUGCACCCACUGUCCAACCAGUCCCAAUGAGAUGAACUGGGUACCUCAGUUGGAAAUGCAGAAAUCACCCUCCUUCUGUGUCGAUCUCGCUGGGAGCACAGACCAGAGCUGUUCCUAUUCGGCCAUCUUGCCAGCAAUCUGGGUCUUGGUUCUUUAUCCAGCUUGCCAUUCUGUGUCUUUUAAUUCGGGCAUUUAGCCAUUUACAUUUAAGGUUACUAUUGUUAUAUGUGGAUUUGAUCCUGUCUUCAUAAAGGUAGCUGGUUAUUUUGCGGACUUGUUUAUGUGGUUGCUUCAUAGUGUCACUGGUCUGUGUGCUUCAUUCAGUGUUUUUUGUUUGUUUUUUUACUGGCUACUAAUGGUUUUUCCUUUCCAUAUUUAGUGCUUCCUUCAGCUCUUGCAAGGCAGGUUUGGUGGUGACAAAUUCCCUCAGCAUUUGCUUGUCUGAAGAGGAUUUUAUUACUUUUUAACUUAUGAAGCUUACUUUGGCUGGAUAUGAAAUUCUUGGUUGGAAAUUCGUUGAGAAUGCUGAAUAUUGGCCCCCAAUUUCUUCUGACUUGUAAAGUUUCCACUGAGAUGUCCGCUGAUAGUCUGAGGGGCUUCCCUUUGUAGGUGACCUGGCCUUUCUCUCUGGCUGCCCUGAACAUUUUUUCUAACAUUUUGACCUUGGAGCAUCUGAUGAUUUUGUGUCUUGGGGUUGAUCUUUUUAUGGAGUACCUUCCUGGGGUUCUCUGCAUUUCCUGAAUUUGAAUGUUGGCCUGUCUUGCUAGGUUGGUGAUGUUCUCCUGGAUGAUAUCCUGAAGCAUGUUUUUCAACUUGGUUUUGGCUAAUAGACUUCUUAAACUCUCCCUCUCAAUGUGGUCCACUCACAGCUUUCCCCACCUUUGUUGAUGGCAACUAAACUUUUCUGGCUGUUCAGACCAAAUCUGGAGUCAUUCUCAACUACUUUGUUUUACCCCCAUGUCCAACUUGUCAGGAAAUCCUCUUGGCUCUAUUGUUAAAAUGUCUGCAGAAUCUAUCUGAAACCUGUACUGCUUGUUCUGAACCACCCGGUCUGAGCUACCAUUAGCUCUUGCCCGCUUCCAGUCAUGUUAAUAUUAAUAUAUUCUCUAGAUAGUACCCAGAGUGAUUCUUUCAAAUAGAAGUCAUGUCAUUUCUCUGUUCAAACUCUGCUAUGGUUCGCAUUUCACUCAGAAUGAAACCUGGAGUCCUUACCAAGGGCCCACAAAGCCCUUUGUGAUUUGUCCCCCUACCCCCACCUCUCCAUUAUCUUCUGCCAGUAUCCCGUCACUUCAUUUGGUCGUCUAAUUUUGUCUGGCCAAGAUAGUGGUUUAUUUUUGUCUUUUCCUAUGUAAUAGGGCAAAGGCAAUGAAUAUAACUAGAUGGGAGUUACGUUUCCUUGCAAUACAAGCACUCAUUGUCUUAUUCCUUCUUUUCUUAAGCAUUCAUAUACCUGUGGGGCCCCUGCCAGCCUUGGAGUAUUCCCACAAUGUAGGAGGCAAAUGUAAAGCCACCAAAGGUUUUAAGCAGGUCAGAUUUGCGUUCAGAUGGAUGAUUUUGCAUUCAUCAUGGAGAAUGGGCUUAAGCUGAACUCCACUGGAAGCAACCACUGAAAAACCAGUUAGGAAGUUUUUACAACAGUUCAGAUGGAGCCUGUACUAAGGAUGUUAUUACCAGCAGGAGUGCAAAGGAGACUCCAGAGUUCAGAAACACUAAGGCAGAAUAAAGAGGACCUAGUGCUUGACUGAAUAAGAGGGUUUGGGGGGCGGGCAGUAUGUUUUAGGUAAAAGCUUCUAGGUUUCUGGCUUGAGUCUUGAGUAACCUAACAGACGAAGGUACCACGUUAGGUGAACAUGAGGCCUCCUCGGUAAUUUUUAAGCCUAGCUAUCUUGAAAAUGCAGCAGUCCUGAUUGGCACACACGUGUUGGGGAAGUUUGCGGUUCCUAUAGGCCGCGAAUUAUUUAACUUUUUACACAAGCAUUUCAUACAACUGUGAUGGACGUCAAGAGCUGUGUGUUGCGGGCCUCCUGAGGAAUGAGGAAAACUGGAGGCCUGACUUCCCUGCUUCCUCCGCUUCCCGGAACCAGCCGUCCCGGCCGCCUGGCGCCCCGCGUGCCCGCGGCCUCUCCCUCCCGUGCAGCACCGCGUUUCGCUGGCCGUUGCUGGCGGGCUGUAGUGGAAGAAGAACCGGCCUGAGCCGCAGUCACCACAGUAACGAAUUCGCUGCCAGUCGAGUCUCGAGGGCCACAGGCGUCUCCAGGGCGCCCCUUCCGGGUGACCGCGCCGAGGGUCCGCACGCGCGUCCGCCCCCAGCCUUCGCCGCGCUGGCCCCUGCCCAGAAGGAGGAGGAAGGGAGAGCAGGGGGCGGCGGGGGUGUUCCCGUCGCAGCUUGGGAACCCCGAAAGGCACCUGAGUGGCCGGCCUCGGCCUCCCGGGGCGGCCGCAUUGUCUAAGCUCCAUAGCAACCCCGGCGCGGCGCCGGCCACGCUAGCCAGCGUAGCUCCGGAGUCCGCGCGCCGCUGCCGCGUUGCUCAGGCCCUGACCCGCGCUGGACCCGCGCGCUAGGGCCCUGACGGCCCGCGCGGGCUCCAGGCGCGGGUAGCGGCGACGGCAUGCCCGAGAAGAGGCUCACCGCGGAGCCACCAACUAUUACAGAAGAAGAAUUUGAAGAUUCUCUGGCAACAGAUGAUUUCCUUGUAGACUACUUUAAUGAAUUCCUAAGCCUUCCAACCUUUUCAGAGGCAAUUAGAUUUAAUGCAGAUUAUGGAGUUUUUGAAGUAGUUAAUGAUGCUCCACAACUUCUGGAAAAACAACUGAAAAAAAUUCUACAAAACCAGCAACCUCGAAAUCCCAUUUAUGAUGUUAUAAGGAAAGGAAAGAAUGAGGUUAAACCUGUUCAAAUGAAUGCCCCCGAUGAAGAUGAGACCAUUAAUGUCAACUACAAUAUUAUGUGUCUCAGUCGUGAAGAAGGUAUUAAGUGGAUCAAAAAAGAAAGACUUCCAGCAUUUCUGGAAAGUGAUUGUUACUUUGAAUACAGGUUAGCCAAAUUGGUCUCACAAGUAAGAUGGAGCAAGUCCGGCAUGAAUUUCACAGUAGGAUCAAAUUUUUCUCCCUGGAUCGUGAAAAAACCACCCAGUCUACCACCUCCUGCCACUGAAGAAGAUAAUCUUGUAAUUAUGAAAAAGUUCUAUGUAUCACUUGGUGAGGCUUCCUAUACUCAAACAAAAGAUUGGUUUGCAUUAGCAAAACAAAGUCAGCAAACAGUAUCAACCUUUUCGUUACCCUGUUGUGUACCCUACAACAAACUUAAAUCACCAGCUAUUUCAUCUGUUUCUGAGAAUUUUAUCUUUGAUGAUGGAGUUCACCCUAGGACAAAAAAGGACCCAUCUAAAACCAACAAAUUGAUUUCUGAAUUUGAAGAAGAAGAAGGAGAAGAAGAAGAGGUGUCUGUAUCUCUACAAGACACUCCUUCUCAAGCUCUUCUGAGAGUAUACCUUGGAAAGAAACAGGAUGUUGAUGAAAGCCUGACAAUGCAUUUCUCAACAUGUGAAGAAUUUUUAAGCUCCUAUAUAUACUUUAUUUUGAGAGGAGCAAUUCAGCAAAUUGUUGGAAAGCCAGUUGGAGAAACCCCAGACUAUAUAAACUUCAACAAUAUAACAAAAGUGUCAUUUGAUGAUUGUUUUGAGUCUAUUCAUGGCAAGAAUUUUUUAAGUGAAUUAGUUCAAACUACAAAGGAGAGGUCAGAAGAGAUAGAACAAACAAGUUUAAGUUCAAAGAGUGAGAGUGCUGGACCAGAGAGCAGGGCGGACUGGUGUGUUUCUCAUAGGACUUAUGACAUUGGCAAUAGAAAGGAGUUUGAAAGAUUUAAGAAAUUUAUAAAAGGUACAUUGGGAGAGAGAUAUUGGUGGCUAUGGAUGGAUAUUGAGAGGUUAAAAGUUCUUAAGGACCCUGGAAGACAUCAAAGACAUCUUGAGAAGAUGAAAAAAUGCUAUCUAGUGAGCAAUGGAGAUUACUACCUUUCUGCAGAAAUCUUAUCAAAAUUUAAACUGUUGGAUGGAUCACAGUGGAAUGAAGAGCAUUUAAGAAAUAUUCAGUCUGAAGUUUUAAAACCUUUACUUCUGUAUUGGUGGAGGAGGCUUACCCCACAACCACCAUCACCGUGGGCCAUGAGGACUUCUGCCAGCCAUCCCAUGGCACCAAGAUUCUGUGUUACUCAUUCAGCCUCAACAAAAUAUGCUAGUGCGGAACUGAAAUUCUGGCACCUCCGUCAAGCAAAACCAAGGAAGGAUAUUGACCCUUUUCCACAAAUGGCAACCCUCUUGCCAUUAAGACCCAAAUCUUGCAUUCCACAGAUACCUGAGAUCCAGAAAGAAGAAUUCAGCUUAUCACAACCUCCUAAAUCUCCCAAUAAAUCACCUGAAGUAAAAACAGCAACUCAAAAGCCUUGGAAGAGGGCGCUUUUGUAUCCAGGUUCUUCUAAAGAUGAUGUGAUUGAGAAAGGGUCAAAGCGCAUGUCAGAAAGCAGCAAAGUUAUUCAUUUAACAUCUUUUACUGACAUUUCUGAAUGUCUCAAGCCCCAGCUGGAUAGAAGAUACGCUUAUACAGAAGAACCUAAGGUUAAAACCAUGUCAGAUGUUGGUGCCUUGGGAGGAUUUGACAUGGAAAAUUUGUUGCAAUCUUUGUAUGUAGAAAAUAGAGCUGGAUUCUUCUUUACUAAAUUCUGCAAGCAUUCAGGGAACAAGUUGUGGAAGAACAGUGUGUACUUUUGGUUUGACCUGCAGGCUUAUCAUCAGCUUUUCUACCAAGAAACACUUCAGCCUUUUAAAGUAUGCAAGCAAGCGCAAUAUCUUUUUGCCACAUACGUUGCUCCUUCUGCCACUCUUGACAUUGGACUCCAACAGGAAAAGAAAAAAGAAAUUUAUAUGAAAAUACAGCCACCAUUUGAAGACCUUUUUGACACAGCAGAGGAAUAUAUCCUUCUCCUCCUUCUUGAGCCAUGGACAAAGAUGGUAAAAUCGGACAAAAUUGCUUAUAAAAAGGUGGAGCUGGUGGAAGAAACUCGACAGUUAGACUCCACAUACUUCAGAAAGCUACAGGCUUUGCAUAAAGAGACAUUUUCCAAGAAAGCUGAGGACACCACUUGUGAAAUUGGAACUGGCAUUUUAUCACUCUCUAACGUCUCUAAACGAACAGAAUAUUGGGAUAAUGUUCCUGCAGAAUACAAGCAUUUUAAGUUUAGUGAUCUGCUUAACAACAAACUGGAGUUUGAACAUUUCCGUCAGUUUCUUGAGACUCAUUCUUCAAGCAUGGAUCUUAUGUGCUGGACAGACAUUGAGCAGUUCCGGAGAAUAACUUACAGAGAUCGAAAUCAAAGGAAGGCAAAAUCUAUAUACAUUAAAAACAAAUACCUUAAUAAAAAAUAUUUCUUUGGACCCAACAGUCCAGCUUCUCUGUAUCAGCAGAACCAGGUAAUGCAUUUAAGUGGUGGCUGGGGGAAGAUUCUUCAUGAGCAGCUUGAUGCACCUGUUCUAGUUGAAAUCCAGAAGCAUGUGCAAAAUAGGCUAGAAAAUGUAUGGCUGCCAUUGUUUCUUGCAAGUGAACAGUUUGCAGCACGUCAAAAGAUAAAGUUACAGAUGAAAGACAUAGCAGAAGAGCUCUUACUACAGAAGCCUGAAAAGAAAAUCGGGGUCUGGAAGCCUGUGGAGAGUAAGUGGAUCUCUUCAUCUUGUAAAAUCAUUGCUUUUCGCAAAGCAUUAUUGAAUCCAGUUACUUCAAGACAAUUUCAACGUUUUGUGGCUCUAAAAGGAGAUUUAUUGGAAAAUGGUUUACUCUUUUGGCAAGAAGUACAAAAAUAUAAGGACUUGUGCCAUUCUCACUGUGAUGAGUCUGUCAUCCAGAAGAAGAUUACAACUAUUAUCAACUGCUUUAUUAAUUCCAGUAUUCCACCAGCUUUACAAAUUGACAUUCCAGUAGAGCAAGCCCAGAAGAUUAUUGAACACCGGAAGGAGUUAGGACCAUAUGUAUUUAGAGAGGCACAGAUGACAAUUUUUGGGGUUCUGUUUAAAUUCUGGCCUCAGUUCUGUGAGUUUAGGAAGAAUUUAACAGAUGAAAAUAUUAUGAGUGUUUUAGAAAGAAGACAAGAAUAUAAUAAACAGAAAAAAAAAUUGGCAGUCCUAGAAGACGAAAAAUCUGGAAAGGAUGGAAUCAAACAAUAUGCAAAUACUUCAGUGCCUGCUAUCAAAACUGCUUUACUCAGUGAUUCCUUCCUAGGCCUCCAACCAUAUGGCCGACAGCCAACCUGGUGCUACUCAAAGUAUAUAGAAGCCUUAGAACAGGAGAGAAUUCUUCUUAAGAUCCAAGAAGAACUAGAAAAAAAGUUGUUUGCAGGCUUGCAACCUCUCACAAAUUUUAAGGCUAGUGCUUCAACUAUGUCUUUGAAAAAGAAUAUGUCUGCCCACAGCAGCCAGAAGUGACAGCAUUCAUGUGAGUGUUCACAUCCUGCUGCUGAUAGGUUCAAGGAAUUCUUUAAACCAGAUUUUGCUGACAUGAGAAGCUCCAGUGAUUUGUUUUUUUGAAGGUCUGUAUCAGAGCAAGCCUAACAUCUAAAUAAAGUUUGAUUCUGGAUUAUCCAGGUGGGAAAUAAAUAAAGAAAAUUUGGCUUGUCUUACUCUCGCAGUUUUAAAAUUAUAGCUAUUCUGUACACAUGACAUACAAGACUAUAAGAAUUGUUUAAUUUAUUUAGAAUAAAACAACUACUAUCUAGGUUUGAAGAACCAAAAUGUUUUGCUUAUCACAGUCGUUAAGGAAGUAUAAUGCUAUGUUCCUCAAGUCAUCUUUCAACAAAUAUUCGUUGAGCAUGUGCUGUAUUUGGUUAACAGAUGUAUUCAGCAGGUGAUUAGGGGACAAAUAUUCCAAGUGGUAAAUUGACCCAAAACAUAAAAGGAACUAUAUUAUUAUUAUUACUAUUAUUAUUAUUAUUAUUAUUAUUAUUAUUAUUAUUUGAGAUGGAGUCUCACUCUGUCGCCCAGGCUGGAGUACAUUAGCAUGAUCAUGGCUCACCACAACCUCUGUCCCCUGGGUUCAAGCGAUUCUCCUGCCUCAGUCUCCCGAGGAGCUGGGACUACAGGCUUGUGCCACCACGCCUGGCUAAUUUUUGUAUUUUAGUAGAGACAGGGUUUUGCCAUGUUGGCCAGGCUGGUCUCAGACUCCUGAUGUCAAGGGAUCUGCCUGCCUUGGCCUCUGAAAGUGCUGGGAUUACAGGCAUGUGCCACCAUGCCCUGCCAGGAACUAUAUAUUAAAGCAGUGGUUCUCAGACUUUAGUGUGCUUAAGACUCACUUGUGACAUUUGCUAGCAAUGCACAUUCCUGAGCCCCCUCCCUGAGUGUCGCAUUCAGUAGUUCUUGGGCUGGACCCAGGAAUCUCACUCUUUAACAGACACCUGAAGUGAUUCUGAUGCAAUGUUCCAUAAACUACUAUUUGAAAUAAACUGUUAGGGUAGCAAGAAAAGAGUGUCAAAAGGUAAAAUCCACCUUAUUAACUGGAACUAUACUUGUGGCAAAGAGAACCCAGACAUAUACCCUCCUAUGCUUUUCCUGGAGGAAAAGGAGAGUGUGUAAGAAAUGAUCUGGGAGAAUCAUCUGGGGGCCUCAUGACUCAAGAGAGCUCUGAGGAUAUGACCUAGAUCACCAGAUUGGAAGCACUGGACUUCCAGUUUUGUAUAAUCCCAGAAAGCAUUUUCAAAGUAGAAACUGCCACUCCAGAUUCUCUGAAGAGUUAGAUAUUUUAAAUGGGUAAACUAUUAGGAGAUCUACUUCAGAGAUCAUUUUUUCUUCUAAAGCAGUGGGUUUUCAAUAGUUCGUUGUUUUUUUUUUUCUGAUCAUGGGAACCCUGUAGUUUCCUGUGCUCCUACAGUGCCACAUACCCUGUGGUGUAGUGGCCAUGAAGUUUCCUUUUCUUCUGACUUCUGCUCUUGUGCUGCCUUCUCUGGUUUUAAUUGAGCAUUUUAUGUGAUUCCAUUUUUUCUCCUCUCUUAGCAUAUCAAUUAUACUUUUUAAAUUUUUCUUAUUCAUUGCCCUAGAGUUUGCAAUAUAUAUUUACUACUAAUAAAAGUCCACCUUCAAAUGACAUGAUAGUGCUUCAUGAGUAGUGCAAGUACCUUAUAACAGAGUGUUCCCAAUCCCUCCCUCCUCUCCCUUAUCACAAUGUUGUCAUUCAUUUCUCUUAUCCAUAAGCUAUACUCACUAAACACAUUGUUGCUAUCACCAUUUUGAACAAACUGUUAUCUGUUAAAUCAGUUAAGAAUGAAAAAAAAAACAUUAUUUUACCUUUUUCCUUUAUUCCUUCUCUGAUGCUUUUUCUUUCUUUUUAUAGGUCUGCGUUUCUGACCUAUAUAAUUUUCCUUCUCUCUGAAGAACUACUUUUAACAUUCCUUGCAAGGCAGGUCUACUGGAAACAAAUUCCUUUGAUUUUGUUUGCCUUAAAAGUCUUUAUUUCUCCUUUACUUUUAAAUGAUAAUUUCAUAGAAUACAGAAUUCUAGGUUAGUGGGGUUUUUUUUUUUCCUUUUAACACUUAAAAUAAUUCACUCUACUCUCCUCUUGCUUGCAUGGUUUCUGAAGAUGAGUCAGGUGUAAUUCUUAUCUUUGCUCCUCUAUAGGUAAUUGUUUCCACUGCUACCCUCUGGCUUCUUUGAAGAUUUUCUCUUUGUCUUUGGUUUUCUGCAGACACAAAUAUGCUAUUCCUAGGUAUAGAUUUUUUUGGCAUUAUCCUACUUGGUGUUCUCAAAAUUUCCUGGAUCUAUGGUUUGAUAUCUAUCAUUAAUUUUGGAAAAUCCUUAGUCAUUAUUACUUCAAAUAUUUCUUCUCUUCCUUUCUCUCUUUCUUUUCCUUCUGGUAUUCCUAUUAUAUAUAUUUACCCCUUUUUUUGUCCCACAGUUCUUGGAUAUUCUGUUCUGUCUUCUUCAUUCUAUUUUCUCUUUGCAUUUCAGUUCUAGAAGUUUCUAUUGAUCUCUCUUCAAGUGCAGUGAUUCUUUCCUUAGCUGUAUGUAGUCUGUUGAUGACCCCAUCAAUAGCAUUCUUCAUUUACAUUACAGUGUUUUUUACUUCUAGCAUUUCCAUUUGAUUUUUUUCUUAGACUUUCCCUUUCUGUGCUUACACUGCCCAUCUGUUCUUGUAUGUUAUCUAAUUUUUAAAUUAGAGCUUAUAGCAUAUUAAUCGUACUCAUUUUAACUUUCCGAUCUGAUAAUUCCAACAUCUCUGUCUUAUCUGAGUCUGGUUCUGAUGCUUGCUUUGUCUCUUCCAACUGUUUUUUGCCUUUUUGCAUGCCUUGUAAUUUCUUCUUGGAAGCAAGAUAUGAUGUAUUAGAUAAAUGGAAAUGAGGUCAAUAGGUCUUUAGUGUAAAAUUUCAUGUUUUUCUGGCUGGGAGUUAGGCUGUAUUUACUGUUUGCUGUAGCUGUGGCAUUAGAGGCUGAAAUUUCCUCUAUGCCUUUGUUUUUCUCUCUCCUGUUGUUUUGGGCUUUUCGUGAGACUCCUUGACACAGUGCCUGAGACUUGAAGUUCUCUUAGCUAAAAUCUCUGUUAUUAUACAGACCUAUUGAUGUCGUGGGUAGGGCGGGAGGAGGGGAAAGCAUUUUAUAGUCCCAUGAUUAGGUUCUCAGUGUUUUAUUGAAACUAAGUUGGGUAUUUAUUUCUCUUCCCCCAGGUUGUUAGGGCUUUGGUAAAACCCCCUUCUGUUAGGUUCUGGUAAAAUAGUUUCCCUUGAGGCAGGGCUUGCUAAGAAUAGAAAACUCUUGGUGUGUUUCAAAAUGGUGACUUUACUCCUCCCCCUACCAGAGCAGAUGGGGUUUUUCUCUGGUCUUCACAGGAGAACCUGAUGGGCCUCAUGUAAAACUCAAGAAAGUGUGGGUGCGCCCCUAAGACUGGACCUCCUCAGAGUAUUUAAUUCUCAAGUUAGUUGACACUAAACCUCCAGAAAUUUGUUAAUUACAGUUUCAAGUAUUCUUCCAGAUAGUGGCUGCAGCUUCAGGCUUCUGCUCCCACUAAGCUGUGAUUGUCUGUAUCUGCCUGUCUAUCUCUCCAGUUUUAGUGGCUGCCGUUUGCUCUAUUACCAUAAUUCUUUGAUGGUUCCAAGAAGAGUUGUUGAUUUUCAGUUUCUUCAGCAUUUUUUCUUGUUGUGAAGAUGGUAAUGAUGACCUCCACAUUCUUUACUUGGGCCCUGAAGUUUGAUACCUCUAUUUUUAAAGUAUUUUGUAGUCAGUUUUGUGCUUAAGAUAAAAUUAAGAGGCCAGGCAUUGUGGCUUAUGCCUAUAAUCCCAGUGCUUUGUGGGGCUAAGACAGGAGGAUUGCCUGAAGCUAGGAGUUUAAGACCAGCCUGGACAACAUAGUAAGAACCUAUAUCUACAAAAAAAUAAAAAUAUUAGCUGGGUGUGGUGGUGCAUGUGUGUAGUCCCAGCUACUUGAGAGGCUGAGGCAGGAGACUCACUUGAGCCCAGGAGUUUGAGGUUACAGUGAACUACAAUCAUGCCACUGCCCACCAGCCUGGGUGACAGAGCGAGACCCUGUCUCCAAAAAAAAGAAAAAAAGGUUAAUUUAGUAAUUAAAAGUUUUGUGUUAUAUAUGCAUAUUAAAUUAAUGGUAAUUUUGUAUUAUAAGUAUUUACAUAUUCCUUUUUAGCCUACCCUGAAAGCAUCCCACAGCAUGGGCUUAUCCUAGUUUUUGCCACCAGAGGCAAUUUCCUUAUAUUAAUGUGCCCAUGAAGUAUCAUCUGUAGUUCUACCAGUUUUUCUUAACAUUUCUUCAACGCAUCUCCUCCUUUUUCCCCUUCAUUAUUGGAUGACUGUCUUAUUCCAGAGCCUUAUUACCUUGGAUAUGGGUCCUAAUUAGUAUCUCUUUCUCCUGCCUGGCCACUUUACAACCAUCCUGAGUGAUCUUUCUAAAAUGUAAACCUUAUGAAAUUCCCUUCUCUAAAUACUUCAUUGAGAUGAUUGGUAAACCUGUUAUUAGUAAAAUAGAAGUUCUUUAUUUGGCAAGAUAUACAUAUAAGGCCCCCCUAUUGAGAGGUGAAGCCAGCUGGACUUCCUGGGUUGAGUGGGGACUUGGAGAACUUUUCUGUCUAGCUAAAGGAUUGUAAAUGCACCAAUCAGCACUCUGUAAAAAUGUACCAAUCAGCGCUCUGUGUCUAGCUAAAGGAUUGUCAACGCACCAAUCAGCACUCUGUAAAAACGCACCAAUCAGCGCUUUGUGUCUAGCUAAAGGAUUGUAAACGCACCAAUCAGCACUCUGUAAAAUGGACCAAUCAGCACUCUGUAAAAUGGACCAAUCAGCUCUCUGUAAAAUGGACCAAUCAGCAGGAUGUGGGCAGGACCAAAUAAGGGAAUAAAAGCUGGUCAUCCGAGCCAGCAGUGGCAACCCUCUCGGGUCCCCUUCCGUGCCGUGGAAGGUUUGUUCUUUCACUCUUCACAACAAAUGUUACUGCUGCUCACUCUUUGAGUCCACACUACCUUUAUGAGCUGUAACACUCACCACGAGGGUCUAUACCUUCAUUCCUAAGUCAGCGAGACCACAAACCCACCAGGAGGAACAAACAACUCCUGCCACCUUUAAGAGCUAUAACACUCACUGCAAAGGUCUGCAGCUUCACUCCUGAAGUCAGCAAGACCACGAACCCACCAGAAGGAAGAAACUCUGGACACAUAUGAACAUCUGAAGGAACAAACUCCAGACAUACCAUCUUUAAGAAAUGUAACACCGUAAGUGUCCGCGGCUUGAUUCUUGAAGUCAGCAAGACCAAGAACCCACCAGAAGGAACCAAUUCCGGACACACUAUCUUCUGAGACAAACAUUCAGAUCAGGCAUUUGUUCUUCUGGGAAGCUGUCUUUGGUAUUCUUCCCUUACUACAGAUGCCCCAAAUAACUACAGAAGUUAUCCUCUUCUGUUCUAUCACUGUCUUGUUCACUGUUCUGUAAUAUAGUGUUAGUCACAAUGAUUGUAAUUUUUAAAUUAUAUGUGUGUAUACCCUAA